AUGGAGAAGCAGGGAGUGGUGCAGAGGUCGGUCAGGUCGACGGCCUCGUCGCCCUCGGGCGACAAGGACAAGACCUCAUAUAACGACGUGGACAUUGAGGGCUCACACAUCCGGGGUAUCGAAACAUCGGCGGAAACGUCGUUGCAUCGUGGUCUUAAAGCCCGUCACAUUACUAUGAUUGCUAUCGGUGGUGCUAUUGGAACAGGUCUUAUCAUCGGAACCGGUAAGGCUCUCGCGCAAGCCGGCCCGGGCUCUAUUUUCAUCUCGUACACCCUCGUCGGUAUGAUUGUCUACUUGGUUAUGACCGCUCUUGGUGAGAUGGCCGCUUGGCUCCCGAUGUCUGCUGGUUUCACUGGUUAUGCUUCUCGAUUUUGCGACCCCUCCCUCGGUUUUGCGCUCGGUUGGACUUAUUGGCUUAAAUAUAUCAUCGUGACGCCUAAUCAGCUCACAGCCGCGGCUUUGGUUAUACAGUUCUGGCUGCCUCGAGACCAUGUCAACCCGGGUGUUUGGAUCGCCAUAUUCCUAGUCGCCAUCAUUUUCAUCAAUUAUUUCGGUAUCCAGUUCUUCGGUGAAUUCGAAUUCUGGCUCUCGAGUUUCAAGGUUAUCGUCAUCCUUGGCGUUAUUCUUCUAUCCCUUAUUAUCGCUUGCGGCGGUGCUGAUGGCGACCCGAGGGGAUUCCGAUACUGGCGUGAACCUGGUGCUUUCGCCCCUUACAUUGCGACAGGCUCCUGGGGCCAGUUCCUCGGCUUUUGGUCUACCAUGGUUACUGCUACUUUUGCUUAUCUGAGUACCGAGUUGGUUGGUGUGACGGUUGGUGAAGCUCAGAACCCGCGCAAGACUAUCCCCCGCGCCAUCAAGCUCACCUUCUACCGAAUUGUCGUCUUCUACUGUGUCAGCAUUCUUUUGAUCGGCAUGUGUGUCCCCUACAACUCUCCGGACCUUAUUUUCGCCACCGACCCUUCAAAGAAUCCCAAUGCGGGCAAAAACGCCAACAGCUCCAAUGCCAGCGCUUCCCCGUUCGUAGUUGCCAUCAAGCUUGCUAAGAUCCCGGCUCUCGACCACAUCCUCAACGCCUGUAUCCUUCUUUUCGUCUUCUCCGCCGCCAACUCCGAUCUGUACAUUGCUAGCCGAACUCUCUAUGGUCUGUCCUCCGACGGCGCCGCCCCCUCCAUCUUCCGAAAGACCGAUAGCAGGGGCGUGCCUCUAUACUCCCUUUUCACUUCCGCGGCGUUCGCCCUCCUCGCCUUCCUGAACGUUUCAGAUGACUCCAAGCAGGUCUUCAGUUACUUCGUCAACCUGACUACCAUAUUUGGUCUCUUGACCUGGAUUUCAAUCCUCGUGACGCAUAUCUGGUUCGUGCGGGCGCGCCGUGCGCAGAACCUAACCAACGACAUGAUGCCGUACAAGGCGCCUCUUGGUUUGUGGGGUUCGUAUGCGGCGCUGUUCAUGUGCAUCCUGAUCGCACUUACUAAGAACUACGAUGUGUUCACGGGCGACUGGAGCAAGAAGUACCCCACCUUCAUCACGGGCUACCUAGGUAUCCCCAUCUACCUGAUCCUGAUUCUCGGACACAAAGCCUGGACCAAGAGCAAGGGCGUCCGCCCACACGAGUGCGACUUCUACACGGGCAAGGAUAUCAUCGACCGCGAGGAAGAGGAAUUCCUCGCCUCGCAGGCCGCCAAGAGGGCAGCGACCCCCGAGACCCACCAGGGUCUUGCGCGCUUCUACAGACGCUUCGUCUCCUGGCUGUUCUAAGACAGCGGCGGGCUACUCUCGUCAUGAUCACGUGUAUUUAAGGAAGUCGGUUACUUUGCGUUGGAUUUUUGCGUGGGACGGGGGCGGGACAGGGGGAAAGCGAGCGGGCAGACGGUUGUAUUGCUUGCCGUAUAUUGAAAAGAUACCUAUUUCUACCUAUAGCUACCUAUACCUAUCUGUACAUAUAUAUCCUGCGUUAGGUAACGUCGCGUACAAGCGCUACAGUAUAAUGAAGGAAAUUUUAUUUGUUACAUGUAUAGUUUCUCUUUUUGAAUUGUGUGAGGUGCGUUGUUGUCUCUACGGAGAUACUUUCUAUAGUGGGAGCCGCGCCGAUGAUGCUGCUGUACACGCGGUGGUAUACCUAUUAGGUAGCGAGUAGGUAGCAUUAGGUAUGUAAUUUCUUGCUAGGUAUUGUCUAUAUACCUAGGUACAGAGUCAAGACGACGAAGCCCCUUCGCGGUUUUACCGCCUUUCUUACCCCGUGUCAGAACUUACGUGAUCCCUAAAUCCCGAAUUGUCGGGGAAAAAAGCCUUGAGGCUGAAGAAGGAGGGGAUCGGAAGAUAGGUAGCGGUAGGGCGGGCAGGUACAAGUCUGUGGGCGUAGCGUAGCAUCACAGGGACGGCGGGCGGAGAUUGCGAGAGGCCCUGCGUAGGGUUGCGGGUGCGGUGGUAUGAGU